AUGUCUACGGGGAGCUGUUCAGCUCCGGGGAUCUGUGGGGGGGCGAGACGGAGACCUCCACCGCCCCCGGAACCUGCUCUAUCCUUGGCAGCUGACCUGAGCGAGCUGAGUCUAGACCAAGGGUACCACACUUUGGCAGACUGCGGCCCGCCAAGGCGACGUCGAGAUAACAGCUUAAGUGACGCGCUAUGGUUAAAGAUUCUGUCCUAUCUUGAGGUAUCAGACUUAUGUCGAAUGUCCCGCGUAUGCCGGCGUUGGUCCCGCUUCGUGACAAGGUUGCUAGCUCGACCAGAACCCUGGAGGCGAGUGAGGGCGGCCGGCCCCCUGGAAGUGGCUGCCAGAUGUGCUGGCGCUCGGGCCGGCCUCUGCGCUGGUUCUGCCAGGGAAUGGAGGAUGAAGAACAGCGCGGUAUCAGUUGCUGGUGCUCAAUUAGUGGCUGCCACCUUCAGAAACCUCACUCACCUGGCGUUGACAGGUUCAACCAGCAUGGACGCCAGGGCCCUCGCACCUUUAGUCACAGACCUGAUGGACCUACGGCAUUUGGAUCUAACUGGUUGCCCAAACGUCGAUUGGCCGGAGUGGGCUUGGCUGGAGAGCAGAUUAGCAGCACGACGACCUCCACUAGAAUACAUAGACCUUACUGAUUGCGGCGCAGUGUCAGAUGCCGGUCUCUGCGCACUCUUGCACACGUGCCCGUCAUUGCAGUACUUGUAUUUGAGGAGAUGUACUCUAGUCACUGAUGCAGGUGUUCGAUGGGUCCCCUCGUACUGUGCUUUGAAAGAACUAAGCGUAUCUGACUGUACAGGCGUAACUGACUUUGGGCUUUACGAGCUGGCGAAACUUGGACCGGCACUACGCUAUCUCUCCGUGGCUAAAUGCUCUCAGGUUUCCGAUUCUGGUAUACGUACUCUAGCCAGGCGGUGUUACAAAUUAAGAUAUUUGAACGCUCGAGGUUGUGGAGCUCUUGGGGACGAUGGAGUAGAAGCUAUAGCCAGGGGCUGUUCUCGAUUAAGAGCUUUGGACCUAGGUGCGACUGACGUUUCCGAAAAUGGAUUACAGAUUCUUGCCCGCUGCUGCCCCAAUUUAAAGAAGCUUGCGCUGCGAGGCUGUGAAUUAGUGGGUGACGAUGGCUUAGAAGCAGUAGCCUACUACUGCCGAGGUCUGACGCAGCUAAACAUUCAGGAUACUCCAGUGACCCUCAGAGGGUCCAAUGGGUCUUGGACCUGGUAUGGAACAUCAGUGUUAAUCCAUGCUGCAGCGAGGCACAAACUGUUGUUAACAUUUAGUUCUUGGAUAUUCUGGUUUGUGCCUUCAACAGUGAAUGCAAGUGAAUAUGCACGUUCGGGAAACUUUUUGAUGUGCAGUGCGGUGUAA